CGCCCACGCAAAAAAGACCGAUAUAGUUGUCGAGACAAAGAUCACAAAUCAGAGGCGAGGAAAGGAAAGUCUAAACCCUAAUUUUCGAUCAUGCAGGCGAAUCUUAGAUCCGUGCUCUCUCAGGUGAGUCGGGGAGGGAGAGAUGUUGGGUCUCGCCGUAAUUUCGCUUCAUACCUUGGAAACAGUGAGAUGAAGGGAGGCAGUCGAAGACGUGUGACCAGGCAGAUUAAGGAAAAGAUUCAUUUGUUUCGCAAAUCUAUGACCUAUGGAUAUUGUGCUGUCAUGAGUUGGGCAAUUAUCCAGAUGUUUGAACACCGUCGAACGGUCGAGAUAGAUUUGGCUGAAAGAUAUGGUUCGAAACCAGAGACGAGCUUCCGUGAUGUCCUUGGUUGGAUCCGUGGUAACAAUUAAUAUUGUGUUUGAUGCUGCUUGUGUUUAAGUUCGUUUUAUGCUGUGUGAACAAAACAAAAAUCAUAAUCUAUGGGCAUUACGUUGUAUUUGAUAUAUCAUUAUUCGUUCGGGCUUUCAUGUCUAGUGUUUGUUUGAGCUGUAUUUUUAUGAUUAGAAGAGCAUUUUCACUUUGUCCA